AGAAAGAUCAAGUGUGGUGGUAUUAGACAACCAACUGCAGGUGCAAAAAUUGAAAACAAAAUGAAGAACUUAGCAACCAUUGGAAGUGGUGCAUCUGUGGAUGAAAAUGAUGAAGAAGAGAUUUCAAAGCUCGCUUUUGCGUCGUUUCAGGCCAGAGAAGAAGAGAUCGAGAAGAAGAAAAUGCAGGUCAAGGAGAAGGUCGAGUUGAAACUCGGCCGAGCAGAAGAAGAAACCAGACGUUUGGCUCAAGUUUGGGAAGAGCUUGAAGUUUUGACGGAUCCAAUGAGGAAAGAAGUAGCAACAGUACGAAAGAAGAUAGAUGUGGCUAACCGUGAGGUGAGAUCACUGGGACAAAGCUGCCAGAAGAAGGAGAAAGAAUAUAAAGAAGCAAUGGAGGCUUUCCAUCAAAAGAACAACGAAAAGAAUCAACUAACCGCCACGUUAGUGGAGUUGGUGAAAGAAAGUGAGCAAGUCAGGAUGAAGAAACUAGAGGAACUCAGCAAGAACAUAGAUCCUUCAUGCUGAUUAUCUACAUUUUACGAAUGAUAUGAAUUGACUUAUCUCAUUUAUCUUCUCUGCUCACAAUUUUAUCUUGUCUAAUAAGUGAAAUUUGUUAAGCCUUCAAUGUUUCUGUCUUCCUACAUAAAUGAUUCAGUUAUGAUUCACGAUUUGAGAAUUUUUCUUC